AUGAAGGAGAUUACGAGUUCUGUACGAAAAGAUUCUAUACCGUUCUUCUUCCAACUCUACGUCAACAAGGACAGAAAGGCUUCGGAAGCUCUUCUCAAAGAUGCGGAGAGGAAUGGGAUUAAGGGAGUAUGGUUUACUAUCGAUGGGCCUGUACAGGGCAAACGAGAAGGAGACGAGCGCGUAAAAGUUGAAUCAGCCACCUUCGCCAAAGCAGCAAUCAGCGGUGCCGCUGCAACAAACGACAAGAAAGGAGGCGGUUUAGGUCGCACAAUGGGCGGAUACAUCGACGAUACAUUUAACUGGGAUGACAUCGCCUGGUUACGCAAAGCGACAAAGCUACCCAUCGUCGCUAAAGGUGUACAAACAGCCGAAGACGCAGUGUUAGCUAUGAAACACGGUUUAGACGGUAUCGUGAUAACCAACCACGGAGGCCGGAAUCUAGAUACUUCCCCACCCUCCCUACUAACUCUCCUCGAAAUCCGACGUCAUCACCCAGAAGUCUUCAGCCACUUGGAAGUCUAUCUCGACUGCGGGAUCCGGCGCGGAACUGAUAUAGUCAAAGCCCUCUGCCUGGGAGCGAAAGCAGUUGGUAUGGGUCGUCCGUUCCUCUAUUCUUUGACAUACGGACAAGAAGGUGUGGAGCACUUCAUCGAGAUCAUGAAAGACGAGCUUGAAACGACGAUGCGGUUACUAGGUAUAACAUCCUUAUCGCAAUGCCAUCCACGGUAUCUCAAUAUAGGAGAUGUAGAGCACUUGAUUCCGAAGAAUUUGGAGUCGCCGUUGCCAGAGAUACCAGAGCGCGAGCCACGGGCUAAGUUGUAA